GCUGUCAUUUGCUCUCUGACUCUCAGAGAGGGAGGUACGCUUUCCUGGAGCUCCUGGUGACAGAACAGGUGUUUGCUGUCUGGACCUGGCUGCUGAUCCUGAGCCUGCUGAGAGAUCUUAACGAUCUCCAGGAGCAACAUGGGGCCUACCCUAGCGGUUCCCACCCCGUAUGGCUGUAUUGGCUGUAAGCUACCCCAGCCAGACUACCCACCGGCUCUAAUCAUCUUUAUGUUCUGCGUGAUGGUUAUCACCAUCGUUGUAGACCUAAUCGGCAACUCCAUGGUCAUUUUGGCUGUGACGAAGAACAAGAAGCUCCGGAAUUCUGGCAACAUCUUCGUGGUCAGUCUCUCUGUGGCGGAUAUGCUGGUGGCCAUCUACCCAUACCCUUUGAUGCUGCAUGCCAUGUCCAUUGGGGGCUGGGAUCUGAGCCAGUUACAGUGCCAGCUGGUCGGGUUCAUCACAGGGCUGAGUGUGGUUGGCUCCAUCUUUAACAUCGUGGCAAUCGCCAUCAACCGUUACUGCUACAUCUGCCACAGCCUUCAGUAUGAGCGGAUCUUCAGUGUGCGCAAUACCUGCAUCUACCUGGUCGUCACCUGGAUCAUGACCGUCCUGGCUGUCCUGCCAAACAUGUACAUUGGCACCAUCGAGUACGAUCCUCGCACCUACACCUGCAUCUUCAACUAUCUGAACAACCCUGUCUUCACUGUGACCAUCGUCUGCAUCCACUUCGUCCUCCCUCUCCUCGUCGUGGGUUUCUGCUACGUGAGGAUCUGGACCAAAGUGCUGGCGGCCCGUGACCCUGCAGGGCAGAAUCCUGGCAACCAACUUGCUGAGGUUCGCAAUUUUCUAACCAUGUUUGUGAUCUUCCUCCUCUUUGCAGUGUGCUGGUGCCCUAUCAACGUGCUCACUGUCUUGGUGGCUGUCAGUCCGAAGGAGAUGGCAGGCAAGAUCCCCAACUGGCUUUAUCUUGCAGCCUACUUCAUAGCCUACUUCAACAGCUGCCUCAACGCUGUGAUCUACGGGCUCCUCAAUGAGAAUUUCCGAAGAGAAUACUGGACCAUCUUCCAUGCUAUGCGGCACCCUAUCAUAUUCUUCUCCGGCCUCAUCAGUGAUAUUCGUGAGAUGCAGGAGGCCCGUACCCUGGCCCGCGCCCGUGCCCAUGCUCACGACCAAGCUCGUGAACAAGCCCUUGAACAAGACCAUGCCCAUGCCUGUCCUGCUGUGGAGGAAACCCCGAUGAAUGUCCGGAAUGUUCCAUUACCUGGUGAUGCUGCAGCUGGCCACCCCGACCAUGCCUCUGGCCAUCCUAAGCCCCAUUCCAGAUCCUCCUCUGCCUAUCGCAAAUCUGCCUCUACCCACCACAAGUCUGUCUUUAGCCACUCCAAUGCUGCCUCCGUUCACCUCAAGCCUGUCUCUGGCCACUCCAAGCCUGCCUCUGGUCACCCCAAGUCUGCCACUGUCUACCCUAAGCCUGCCUCUGUCCAUUUCAAGGCUGACUCUGUCCAUUUCAAGCCUGCCUCUGUCCAUUUCAAGGGUGACUCUGUCCGUUUCAAGCCUGACUCUGUUCAUUUCAAGCCUGCUUCCAGCAACCCCAAGCCCAUCACUGGCCACCAUGUCUCUGCUGGCAGCCACUCCAAGUCUGCCUUCAGUGCUGCCACCAGCCACCCUAAACCCACCACUGGCCACAUCAAGCCAGCUACCAGCCAUGCUGAGCCCACCACUGCUAACUAUCCCAAGCCUGCCACCACCAGCCACCCUGAGCCCGCUGCUGCUGACCACCCUGAGCUCUCUGCCUCCCACUGCCCCGAGAUCCCUGCCAUUGCCCACCCUGAGUCUAACGACAGUGACCUCCCUGAGUCGGCCUCUAGCCCUGCCGCUGGACCCACCAAGCCUGCUGCCAGCCAGCUGGAGCCUGACACCAUCGCUGACCUUCCUGACCCUACUGUAGUCAUGACCAAUACCAAUGAUUACCAUGAUGUUGUGGUUAUUGAUGUUGAAGAUGAUCCUGAUGAAAUGGCUGUGUGAAAAAUGCUCUCGUAGGUGGCCAGGCAGU